GUAUAUCUUUGAGGAGUGGGUUUCAGAGAUGCACAAGAGGUGAGCUGAGUUCUUUUUGCCCCCCCCCCGGCAUUGGGGUCCCUUGCCAAAGUCACAAGCCCUUGAUCCAACAGAGCCCGCCCUCCUCGGGUCCUUUGGGGACUCCUUUUUAAUCUUUCGCCUUGGCUGCCUUGCUCUGCGAGACUCCUCCGUUUUGUUUUCUUUACUGUGAUGUGUACUGAGUGGCUUUUUAAAAAAAAAAGAAAAGAAAAGAACCAAAAAAACAAGGGGAAAAAAACCUCCGGCAUGGAACAUUCCUUUGGCAAAAUGACAUUCACGUGGCUGGAAGAGCAGAGAGCGAGAAGCACAUCCUUCUGAGCCGUUCCGUCACCAGAGUUAGCUCAAAGCCUCUCUCUGCCUGCACGCUUCCAGCUGGAGAGACGCCAAGGGGACACUUAGCGGAAUUGCAUUGCCUGGCCCCGGCGAGGGAGCCGGUGCCGUUUGUCGGCGCCGGGCAGGGUGGCCUUCAGAAGCGAGGACUUGGUGGCUGCAAGAAGCUCAACCAGCCUGUCUACACGAGGGACCUCCGAAUCUGGUUUCACUACACCCCGGGGAAUUCUAGGAAACUGAAAUUCCGUCCAAGAAGUCUUUAAGUCGCUAGGAGAGGAUCGGUCUACUAGGAGAAGGUAAGUCCACAGAGGCCUUUCGGAUAAAUUUACAGUUCCCAGUAUUCCCCAGGACAGGUUAAACCAGAUUAAGUGUCCCAUAUGGAACAAGUCCCAAAUCAUAACAGCACCCUAGAGCAUUCUGGUGAUGACAGAUCACUCCUGUAUAGAGAAUUCUCACCCUCAAAUGAUUUCCUACAAUCCUUAUCAGAGCUUGAAUAGUUACAAGUAACAGUUUGGUUGUAGUUAUUUGUAACUAAUUGCUUUGAGUUAAGGAGGAGGGGAUUAAAAAAAUCAACAUUUCAAUGUCACAACAAGCAGGAACAAAAUUACCUCACUGGGCAUCAUGAGUGGGUUUUUUUUUUCACAAGCUAAUUUCAAAAAGUUACUUUUAAAGGGAAAUUUUAACAAGAAUCUUGUCAGGUAAGGAUCACCACCUUCAAGCAAUUUGAUGAUCUGGAAAGUUGACCCUACAAGGAAGUGCUGAGAGCUCAAGCAUCUGUUUGUUUCAGAGAAGAAAGGGUUAAGCAGAGAGUCGCAGCAGCAGUUUUCACAUAUCUGAAGUGCAGUCGUGCAAAAGAACCGAGAAAAAAUUUGUUUCCUCUUGCUCCAGAAGUCAGGACCAGAACCAAAUGGGUGGAAAAACUAAAAGACUAGAGAUUUCAAGGAAGCAUUUCAGAGAAGCUUCCUACGGGGACGAGCUUUACCCAUGGAACUGACUCCCUCUUGGGUGCAAGCCCCUUGUUAGCUUGAAGUAGUUAAGCAGAAGUUUGAUGGUGGGGGGUUAGCAAUGCAUUAGGGACACUGUCGUUGCAAGAUUCAGGGGUUGGAUUUGAUCAUAUCCUAGGAUUUCUUCCAAUACUGUGAUUCUUCUUCCACUCUUUCUGAGCUUCCUUAACAUGAAUUGUGGACAGACAAACCACAAGACCGUCCCCGGUCCGACAGCAGUGGACAAAGUGGCCACAUGAUUCUCCCCGAAAGAAUACAAAAUGGUGUGGGGUUGGUUUGUUUUUUUGAGAAAAGUAAUUACUUGUGCUCUUCCUACAGCAACUAAAGCUUAAUCCUGCACAGCUAAAACAAAACACAACAACUAGGAGGCCUUGGAGAAAGUCUACUGAUGCUGAACUAGGCCUGACCACAGUUGUUCCUGCUUAAGGCCAUGUUCCAAGAAAGCAAGCAAGAUGGCAGCCAGGACCCUUUUGGAUUCUCUGUCCUCCUCCUGGUCAAGCUGGCCGUCCCUGCUGUUUCUCAUCCCGGUGGCCUUCUUGGUGGGAUUUGGACGGAGCUGUCCUUCAAAAUGCCAUUGUAUGGCCCAGGAUAAGGUGGUUUUCUGCAACGGCCGGAAUCUGACGAGCGUUCCAGGCAGGAUCCCUCCAGACUCCGAGUUCUUGGACUUGAGCCGCAAUUUCCUCCGCACCCUGCAAGGGGGAAUGUUCUCCCGUCUGCGGGCUCUGAAGGAGCUCGAUCUAAGCCAUAACGUGAUCUCCAACAUCGAACACAGAGCCUUCAAUAGCCUACAUAACCUGAUGACUCUGCAGCUCAACAGCAACAGGCUGGAUAUGAUCUCAGACGGCAUCUUUGCCGGGCUACCCAACCUCUCCGUCCUUGACAUUAGUGAGAACAGGAUCCUUGUCUUCCUGGAUCACUCCUUCAAGGACCUCUCCAAUCUCAGGAAGUUGGAGGUGGGAGGCAACCACCUGGUCUUCAUUUCAAGCCAUGCUUUCCGUGGCCUCCAGCGUCUCCAGCAGCUCAGCCUAGAGAAGUGUAAGUUCACCAGCAUCCCGACAGAAGCUUUCUCCCACCUGCACCAUCUCGUGGAGCUGCGUCUCAAAGUCCUGAACAUCAGUAUCCUUCCCAACCACUCUUUUAAGAGACUCCCUCACCUGAGAGUUCUAGAAAUCCACCGGUGGCCUUUCCUGACGACGUUGCAGUCUCAAAGCCUCUCCGGCUUAAACAUCACCUCCUUGUCGAUCACAAAAUGCAACCUCCACGAUGUCCCUUACGAAGCCAUCAAGCAUUUGGCUCACCUCCGUGUCCUUGACCUCUCUUACAACCCAAUCUCUGUCAUCCAUGGGAAGAAGCUGGCAGACCUUUCCCGUCUUCAGGAGUUCCACCUCACAGGUGGGAGGCUGGUCACGAUACACGUGAGCGCCUUUCAUGGCCUUGUCCACUUCCGCCUCCUCAAUGUCUCAAGCAAUAGUUUGCAAACUCUUGAGGAGAAUGUCUUCCACUCUGUAGGGAACCUUGAGGUCCUCAGAUUGGACCGAAACCCUUUGGCUUGCGACUGCCGACUCCUGUGGAUUGUCCGGAGGCGGCAGAGGUUGAAUUUUGAAGCCCGUCAGCCGGUCUGUGCUAUUAACUCAACCACGAAAGGAAAAGUCUUCCAUAGAUUCUCAGAUAUCUCCCCAGGCCACUUCAGAUGUAGGAAAUCUAAGAUUGAGGACAAGACCCUUCAGACCGUGAACAUUGAAGAAGGUGAUGAGGCCAACCUGACCUGCAAAAGUGGAGGAGAUCCACCUCCCACUGUUUCAUGGGUGUCCCCUCAAAAUGUCACAUUGAACACCAGUCACAAGGGUCGGCUGGCAGUCCUUUCUGAUGGUACCUUGAAGAUCCAGUAUGCCUUGCCAGAAGACAGUGGGCGGUACCUCUGCAUCGCAACCAACACAGCUGGUAAUGACACCAAGGUGGCCCAUCUUCAUGUCUCUGUACCUCUUCUCAACAGCUCCUUCCUCUUGAAUGAAGUCAACUUGCUCAACAACACAAGGAUGUCCUUCCACCCCUUCCUGGUUGACACCGGCACCUUGGUGGGGAUCUUGGCCAUUGGAAUUGUGCCCUUCCUCUGUUCUGUGAUGGUUUGCUUCCUUUUCAUCUUCCUCUGGAGUAAGGGCAAAGGAAACACCAAAACCUAUGUGACUGAAUCGGUGCCCCAUUACCCCUUUGGUAGGAAGGCUAUGUCCAGCAAAUGCAGAACUAUAAAUAAGAAACCAAGAUGAAUUAACCCCUUGGCUUCUGUUUGAGUUGAAGGACAUCAUUCCAUUCUCCUUGAAUGCUAGCUCUUACAUGGACAAAGGGAAUCUUCUCAAUGGGCCAAGGAGGUCCUUACAGCACCAAGAGAGAUCUCCUUAGCCUCUACAGAGUUUCUCCUGCUUGUUAGCAGCGCAUACCAAAGGGGAAAAUGUAGAUUUUCCACCCUCUGAGACUUCAGACAAAGAGGAAUGGAUGGGUGUCUCUUUCUGGAGGAGCUAAAGAUCAAGCUUUAGCUGCCUUAAAUUAAAAAAAGAAUAAUAGAAUAAUUCUCUUCUUCCAGCUUAUAAAUUUAGAGUGUGGUGGGUGGAUGUUAAAGAGUUUCAGCGGGACCUAUAGAAGGUGGAAGUGUCAGGAAGAAAGGUUGUUAUUUGUGUUUACUAGGGUUACAAGGCGUUUCAGAAGUUCUCAGCUUCUUUUUGGCAAGGGGAGUUGUGUGUGUUACUCACAACUCUGAGAUAGCGUCAUGACACACAGAAGUCGUUAGAUUUCAGGAUAGUGCCAUGAGAAAGAUUUCAAGUCUUGUCGGCACUUCUCAAAGACAAAUACAGUAUCAGCAUUGAGAAUUGGCAGCCUGCAAAUAUCGAAGUGGUGGAUUUGAAUUCUGGAUGCCGAACUCUGGGAUUUUGGGGUGCCAGAAACAAAAAGUAGCUCUGUUCAGAUUCCCCCUGCUUCUACUUCAUGCUGGACCUUGAUUUUUUUUUCCACACAGCUUGUACAUUAAUAAACCAACAUGCUUUUCCGUUU